GAAGAUCUGAAACCCGACAAGGACUGCAAGAAGAAGUUGACGACGCCGUUCGGUUCAAGCAUAUGAACAAGUUCAGUGAAGAAAGUGGGAGAUCUCAUCAAACUCGAACACGGCGUUUUCUCUCUUUCUCAAGCAUCGAACAAAUUCCCCGACUUACGAACUUCUCCAUGUCGAAUUCGCCAUUAACCGCAUAGUUUCGCUAGAUCUACAAUGGCCAAUUUCUUAGCUCAGUUCCAGAGUAUCAAAAACUCUUCUGAUCGCCUCGUAAUUGCCGUUGAAGAUGUGAGCGACCUGUGGCCAACUGUCAAAAAGGAGUUUGAAGAGCAGUUGCCAUUUAAAAGAGCUUCUUUGAAUAACAAGACACGCAAUCCUGUUUUUGUGGAUAAACUGCAAGCUGAGUACAUAUUAACUACAGAUUCAAGACUACGCAGUCGAUAUCCUCAAGAGCAGUGGUUGUUUUGGUUUCGAGAACCAUACGCAACUAUUGUUUUGGUUACUUGUGAGGAUCUUGAUGAGUUUAAAACUAUCCUUAAACCUCGACUGAAGCUUAUUAUCCAAAAUGAUGAACGUGAGUGGUUUAUUGUGUUUGUAUCCAAAGCCCCGCAACACAAUGAUCAAGCUACCAAGCUCGCAAAAAAGGUGUAUGCCAAACUUGAGGUGGAUUUCAGUUCAAAGAAGAGGGAAAGAUGCUGCAAGCUUGAUAUACAUGGACCAGAAUCAAAUUUUUGGGAGGACUUGGAAACCAAGAUGACAGAGUGCAUCAGGAAUACACUAGAUAAGCGCACUCAGUUCUAUGAGGACGAGAUACGGAAACUAAGUGAACAGCGGUUUUUGCCGGUUUGGAACUUCUGCAAUUUUUUUAUUCUAAAGGAAAGCCUGGCUUUCAUGUUUGAGAUGGCUCAUCUUUAUGAAGAUUCAUUACGUGAAUAUGACGAACUAGAGCUCUGUUAUUUGGAGACAGUUAAAAUGGCUGGUAGGCUGAGAGAUUUUGGAGGAGUGGACAAAGGUGAUGAUCAGGCUGCACUGUUGAGACCUGGAAACAAGCCAUUAAUGCAGAUAGUUCAAGAUGAUUCAUUUAGAGAAUUUGAUUUUAGGCAGUAUCUUUUUGCCUGUCAAGCAAAGCUGUUAUUCAAGUUGAACCGACCUUUUGAGGUUGCAUCAAGAGGUUAUUCGUUUAUAAUCAGCUUCUCGAAGGAACUGACAUUGCACGAGAGUAUCUUGCCCUUCUGCAUGCGUGAGGUUUGGGUAAUAACUGCCUGUUUGGCUUUAAAUGAAGCAACUAUUUCCAAUUCUGGUGAUGGGCCGCUGCCAAUUGAUGUAGAAAACGAAUUUCAUCGCCUUCAAGGGGAUCUUUAUUCUCUUUGUCGGACUAAGUUCAUGCGGCUUGCAUAUCUAUUAGGUUAUGGUUCUGAGAUCGAGAGAAGUCCAGUGAACAGUGCUUUACUAAGCAUGCUACCUUGGCCUAAGCCAGCCGUAUGGCCUUCGCUCCCCCCUGAUACUUCUUCUGAUGUGUUUGAUAAGGAAAAGGUGAUUCUUCAGACUACACCAAGGGUAAAACACUUUGGUAUUCAAAGGAGGCCAUUACCUCUCGAGCCAUCUGUUCUUCUGCGUGAAGCUAACCGUCGAAGAGCUUCACUUUCAGUUGGGAAUGUACAUGAACUGUUUGAUAGCCGUGCUGGUUUUGGCGAUAGCUCAGAUUUAGAUAUGAGAUUGUCACCAUCAACCAAGUCACACACAAAUGCCAUUUCCCGUACUAAUUCUUCUCCUGGAAUAGAGAGCUUAAUUGAUCGACCCAUGAGACUUUCGGAGAUCUAUGUUGCAGCUGAACAUGCUAUGAAGAAUACAAUUUCUGAUCCUAAUCUUUGGAAGUCAUUGUCAUCCGUAGAGGAAUUCGAGCAAAAAUAUCUGGAACUAACAAAGGGUGCUGCUGAUAAUUAUCAUCGCUCUUGGUGGAAAAGACACGGAGUUGUCCUAGAUGGAGAAAUUGCAGCUGUGUCCCACAAGCAUGGAAAUUUUGACCUUGCUGCAAAGUCUUAUGAAAAAGUGUGUGCUCUUUACGCUGGGGAAGGAUGGCAGGAUCUGUUGGCUGAAGUUCUUCCCAAUUUGGCAGAGUGCCAAAAAACUCUCAAUGACCAAGCUGGUUAUUUAUCAUCCUGUGUGAGAUUACUUUCUCUGGAUAAGAGUUUAUUCUCUACAUUGGAGCGCCAAGCCUUCCAAUCUGAAGUUGUCCGUAUUGCACAUAGUGAAAUGAAACAGCCAGUGCCUCUGGAUGUGUCAUCGCUCAUAACAUUCUCUGGCAACCCUGGACCACCAUUGGAGCUAUGUGAUGGCGAUCCUGGUACCCUAUAUGUCACAAUUUGGAGUGGGUUUCCUGAUGAUAUAACACUCGAUUCAGUUAGUCUGACACUUAUUAUGACAUACAAUGCUGACGAAGGCGCUAAGGCAAGACAAAGCUCGGAAGCCAUCAUUUUAAAGUCAGGCAGGAAUACAAUAACACUUUCUGUCCCUCCUCAGAAACCCGGUUCUUAUGUUCUAGGAGUUCUUACUGGUCAGAUUGGUCACUUGAGAUUCAGAUCUCACAGUUUUUCUAAAGGCGGACCUGCUGAUAGUGAUGAUUUUAUGAGCUACGAGAAGCCUGCAAGACCAAUCUUAAAGGUGUCUCAACCAAGACCUCUAGUUGACCUUGCUGCUGCUGUUUCAUCUGCUUUGCUAAUCAAUGAACCUCAGUGGGUUGGUGUAAUAGUUAAGCCCAUCACAUACUCACUUGUUGGUGCCGUCUUGCAUAUUGAUUCUGGUCCUGGUUUAAAAAUUGAGGAGUCAUGUGUCAUUGAAAUGGAGAAAUAUGCUGAUGAAUCAACAAAGAAGUCAAGUGAUUCCUCAUCCUCUGUUGUUACUGAGCGCUUGACUAUUCAGGAUGGUAAAAUAAAGUUUCCUGACUGGGCAAGUGAUGUAACGUCUGUUUUAUGGAUUCCUGUUUGUGCUAUUCGGGAAAGCCUGGCUAGAGGAACAUCUGCAGCUGAUACAGACCGACCUAGUCUUGUGGAUGGAUUGAGAACAAUAGCUCUGAAGCUGGAAUUUGGAAUAUCACAUAAUCAGAUUUUUGAAAGAACCCUUGCUGUGCAUUUCACUGACCCGUUUCAUGUCAGUACUCGUGUUGUGGACAAAUGCAGUGAUGGUACCUUACUGCUGCAGGUGAUUCUAUAUUCUCAAGUGAGAACAUCCUUAAUUAUUUACGACGCUUGGCUAGAUCUUCAAGAUGGGUUUGUUCAUUUGGGUCAAAAUGAAGGGAGACCAGCGACUGGCUUCUUUCCACUGGUUGUUUCCCCGGGUUCUAAAGCAGGAAUCCUUUUCACCAUAUCGGCUAGGGAUAUCGUUUCAGAAGAUGAAAGCGGGCAGUCUACUCUAGAUAGCUUACUGAAUAUAAAAUACGAGAUCAACGGUGAUAGGAAUCUCGGUGCUCACUCUCCUGUUGCAAUUGCACCUAAAGAAGAAUCUGGAGAAGAAGUAGAAGAAGUAAAAAGAGAUCUCAUCUUCAAGAGUGCUCUUGUUCUACAACGGCCAGUGCUAGACCCUUGUCUAGCUAUUGGAUUUCUUUCUCUUCCUUCAAGUGGUCUCAGGGUGGGACAACUCGUAUCAAUGACAUGGCGAAUUGAAAGACUAAAGGAUUUUGACAACGCCUCUUCCAACUGUGAUGACGAGCUAUUUUAUGAAGUUAAUGCUAAUUCGGAUAACUGGAUGCUUGCGGGAAGGAAAAAAGGCCAUGUUUCUAUGUUGACAAAAAAAGGUUCGAGGAUAAUUAUCUCGAUAUUGUGCAUGCCAUUGGUGGCUGGAUAUGUUAGGCCUCCAAAACUUGGACUGCCAAACGUUGAGGCGGCAAAUGUGAGUUUUAGCCCUCCCGGCCCUCAUUUGGUCUGCGUGUUGCCUCCACCUCUAAGUUCCUCUUUCUGCAUACCCGCAUCGUGAUCACACCAUGGACCCGACCCAAUUUGUCGCCUGUUUCAAUAACCAAUUUUGAUUUGUAACCAUUGGUUUGUAUAUUUUAUUUUAUUUUUUCAUAAUGCUGAGAGAAGUUAGAUGGUUAUUUUUCUUUUGUGGUUUUCUCAGGGCAAAAGCAGAAUGGGUUAUUAUUGUUUGUUUGUGCAUUGAACUUUUGUACUAUAUUGUAGAAUUAAGAAAGAACUUAAAAGUAAAAGAGGGAUAAUACCACAUAGAAUACAUGCUGAUUUCU